UUCCUGUAUUUUUGACAUUUUGCAACAAAUGACACUUUGUUUACUAAUUCUUCUCUUACGUAAUUAAUGCCGAAAGAAUAAUGAGAUGAAUCACAAAGAGCAAUGAAAAAAUGAAGUUAUUAUUUUGUCGUGUAUACUUGCAGAUCCUAAUUAUAAGCAUUCUGAAACAAAUUACAGAUUCCUGUAGUGAAAAUUGCCUAAUAGGAAAAUCACACUGUGACUCAUCUACUGGUUCCUGUUGGUAUGGAUGCAAACCAGGCUGGAGUGGUGACAACUGCCAAAAUAGUUGUUCCAUUCCAGACUGUUUAGACUGUUAUCACAAUGAAAACAAUACAGAAAUAUGUGAUCGUUGUAAGUUAGGAUGGUAUGGUGACCGUUGUGAGAAGACGUGUAAUGGUAAUUGUUUGUUGGGUCGCUGUAAUGCUGUAGGUGAUUGUGUGUUUGGUUGUAAAUCACAUUGGACAGGGAAGAGAUGUAACGAGCAAUAUUGUAACUUUGAGUUUUGUUUACAGUGUGGAUUUUCAUCUACAUAUUUCAUGCCUAUUUGUUCAAAGUGUAUUGAGGGAAAGUUUUAUAGUUAUCAGGCUAAUAGAUGUGUUAAUUGUAGUGACAAAUGUAUAGGAGGUGAUUCUCAAUGUAACCAGACCACUGGGAUAUGUUAUAAUGGUUGUGAAAAGGGAUUUUAUGGAACUAACUGUGACAGGGUUUGUAAUAUCGAUCAUUGUGAUCAGUGUGUUUUAGCUAAAACACAUGGGGAUACAGCAAAAUGUGGACGUUGCUCCCAAGGCUGGUACCCAACUAACUUGAUCUGUACAGAGUGUAGCCAGCAUUGUAAUGGGGAAUUUAGUAAUUGUAACAGAAGUACAGGACAUUGUCUAGACGGUUGUAAGCAUGGUUAUUUUGGGGCACUUUGUAAUAAGGAAUGUCAGAUUUCAAACUGUGACAAAUGCGCUGAUGACCAGUUUGGAAAAACUUAUUGUGCAGUUUGCAGCACUGGGAUGUACUUUGAUUAUUCCAGUGGGUCCUGUUUAAAUUGUAGUGAUCAUUGUAUAGGGGGUACGUUAGCCUGUGAUAAAGACACAGGAAAAUGUCCAAAUGGAUGUAAUCCUGGUUAUCAUGGGGAGAAAUGUCAGUAUAUUUGUGGAAACUGUACAGGACAGUCAUGUUUUGUGAAUGGAACAUGUCCAUCUGGUUGUAAAAGUGGUUGGUUUAAUGACUACUGCACUCAAAGGUUCCCUGAACACUGUAGUGAUGGUAACCAGUUUCUAAAGAAUGGCACAUGUGGGUUCUGCCAAGCAUACUGGUAUGGAACAACAUGUGACAUCAAAUGUAAUGCUAACUGUAGACCUAGUGACUAUAAUGGAUAUGUUUACUGUAAUAAAAAUAAUGGGAAAUGUGAUUCUGGUUGUUUACCAGGUUACUAUGGCGAUACUUGUAACAAUAAAUGUAAUGAAAAUUGCAAUUAUCGUAACUGUCAUCAGACAACAGGUACUUGUUCAAAUGGUUGUGAAUUCAAAUUUUAUGGCGAUUAUUGUAAUAAGAGUUGUCCAAAGAACUGUGAUCAUCCAGGCUGUCAUCGUAUCAGUGGACUUUGUUCAGGAGAAUGUAAUUCUGGUUUCUAUGGUGAUUAUUGUCAAAUGCCAUGUAGUGAUGGAUGUAAGGGUAACAAAUGCUACAAAGUUCAUGGAGGAUGUUCUGACCUCGAUUGCAAUGAUGGUUACUAUGGAAACAAAUGUGAUGUAAAUUGUAGUGCAAACUGUCUGCAGGGAAUUUGUGAACGCUUUGAUGGAAAAUGUUCCAAAGGCUGUAUCGAAGGAUUCUAUGGACAGUAUUGUGGGUAUCAAUGUAAAGGUUGCCAGAAUGCCACAUGUACACAAGAAGAUGGGACGUGUGUAUAUGGAUGUCUGGAAGGAAUGGAUGGACAAAGUUGUAAUCAAGUUUGUUCCUCUGGUACUUAUGGAGUAGGAUGUAAGUUAAGAUGUACAUCAUGUCGAGACCAAUCAUGUGAUGCCAAGACAGGAGAAUGUCAGUUUGGUUGUGCUGUAGGUUUUACUGGACCUUUAUGUCAAGAUGAAGUUCCUUUAUAUACCGGUGGUAUAAUGGCAAACCAGAAGGAUAAUAUUGCAGUUGCCACCAGUGCAUCAGUUUCUGUAGUUUUAACUGUGGCAGUUAUUGUCGUAGCAUGUAUUAUUGUGCGUAAAAAGAAAAAUCUUAGUUUGUGUUCAAAGAUAAAAAAGAGAAAACAUGAUGAUAGUCCUGCGGAAGAAAUGCAGACAAUCCAGACACACAGUCAGGAAGAAACCAUAGAUCCAGCAGAUUUACAGUUGUAUCCAGUUAUAGUGACAGGACAGAGAUUUGAAAUUAAAUUUGGAAAAUAUUGUAGUAGGUUUAGAUCAUCACCUGUCAUGGUCAGGAUAUUACCAAAUGGGAGUAACAGCACUGACUGUGAAGAUUUCUAUAGAGAUGCUGCAAUGCUAAAAGAAUUACCCAAACAGAAAAACGUUGUCUUCUUUUUUGGCAUUGGAACUAAUUUAGGUUAUUCAUUUAGUGUAUUUGAGCUGUGUAGUAGAGGUGUAAUGUUAUCAUAUCUAAGAAACCUGACAGAAUCGUGUAGAGAUCACACAUCUACAAUACUGAAGAGAAAUCAAUUAGAUAUACUGAAAUGUUGUAUAGGUGUAGUUAGUGGUAUGGAGUAUUUAUUAUAUAAAAAGAUCCUACACAGACAUAUAUCUGCUAACAACAUAUUCCUAGAUGAGAAUAAGAGAAGUAAAAUAGGAAACUUGUUUUAUGCUGUUAAUAUAGAAUCUGAGACUGAGGAAUUACAGUCAACCAAGUUACCAGAUGAAUGUUUACCAUGGAUGGCGACAGAAUCAAUCCAGGAUGGUAUAUUCUCAUCAAAAUCAGAAAUUUAUUCUUUUGGUGUGUUCCUGUGGGAAGUGAUGAGUUUAGGAGAAGAUGCAGGGAUUGUAAAAUCCAAGUUAUCUGAAGGGGAGCUGUUACCAAAACCUGACUGCUGUGAAAGGUCUUUAUAUCGGUUGAUGAUGAGGUGUUGGGAUGAGGUCCCGACUAACAGACCAACUUUAGAUUAUAUUUAUCAACAGAUAUCAGAUGCAAUAGACAAUACAGAAGAAUCUCCUGAUCAGAUUGAUGUAGUGGAAGUAGUAGAGGUUGUGGAUGAAGAUUACACUAUGAGAUCAACAUCAGUAUAGACAUCUUUAUUAAAAGAUACGUAAAAUCAGCAUGACUAGUAUAAAAUUACCAAUACGUUUGAUAUGGCUGUUUGACCAGAAUUAUAAACUUUCCCAUACAGACAAGCUGUACUUCCAAUCAUACGGGACUUGCCAUACAGGACCAGCUGUAUAUAUUUCCUGUCAUACAUACUGCCCAUAUGAAUCAGCUGUAGCUAAUUCUUGUCAUAGGGACUUGCCAUACAGACUAGUCAUAUGAUUUGUUUUGAUUAUUUGAUAAAAGUGAUAUAAACUUGCUGAUUCUGUAUUGUCCUGUUAUUGAUUCUCCGUCAGCUUUAUUGGUCCUAGGCCCUACAUCCCCAGGGAUCAAUACAGCAUACCUUGUAUCAAAACAUAGGCCAAUAUAGAAUCAACAAGCUAUUAACACUGAAGUAUAUUUCAUCUUGAACUGUUUUGGUUAUUUGAUAAAGUGAUAUAAACUUCUCCGUCAGCUUUAUUGGUCCUAAGCCCUACAUCCCUAUGGAUCAAUACAGCAUACCUUGUAUCAAAACAUUGACCAAUAUAGAAUCAACAAGCUAUUAACACUGUAGUAUAUUUUAUCUUGAACUGUUUUGGUUAUUUGAUAAAGUGAUAUAAACUUCUCUGUCAGCUUUAUUGGUUCUAAGCCCUACAUCCCUAUGGAUCAAUACAGCAUACCUUGUAUCAAAACAUUGACCAAUAUAGAAUCAACAAGCCAUUAACAGUAACACUAUAGUAUAUUUCAUCAUGAAUAGUAAUUUAUCUUUAUUUCCCAGGUUUAGAUUGUAAAUAGUUAUUCAUUCCUAUUUCUCAGCUAUUGAUUGUAAAUAAUAAUUCAUCUGUAUUUCUCUGCUAUUUAUUGUAAACAGUUAUUUAUAUUUUGUCAUAUUCCAGAGUUAAGUAUUAUUUUGUUAUUAAGUUUACCCAAUUUUGUAUUAUUCAAAAAUUAAGUUUGUAUUGUUAGUGAUUAUAAAGUUGUUUUUUGUAUAUAUUUAUAUUGCCACAAUUAUUUUUUAUGACAGGGUUUUGAUAGUUAUUUAACCAAACAUUCCUUACUGUCUUCAUAUUAUUGUGAUGGCUUUCUAAGAUUCCUUUAAUUUGAUCAUGUGAUCAAGGUAGAUAUUAUAUGUAAAUUUCAUAUGAUGCUGACAUUCUGAUUAGAUAAUUACUUAAAAGGCUGUUCUCCUCUUUUUGUAAUGUAAAUCAGUUAGCUACAAGCAGAAAUCAAAUAUAAUUCAGUGUACAUCAACAAAUAAGGGGAGAUAAUUAAUGGUAUAUACCCUUUAAGUCUAAUGACAUUCAAAGCAAACUGUUUAAAAUUUACUAAACAUAUCAAACUAGAAUGUUUAUUUAAACCACUUCUGUUUGUAACAUCAUAUUGUGAGAAUUAUUAAGACUGAUGAUUCUAUGGCAGGUUCUGCUAUUAUAUUCUAUAAAAUAUAAUAUUGUCCAAAUUAGGACUUUUCAGCAUUAUUUUCUGUUUACUACUUUUCUGUGAUUUUGUAAAAAUGACAUAAUGCAAUCAUUCAUGGUCCCUUGUAAAAUAUAUUUUUUAUCACUUGCAAUAAAUGCUUAUAUUUUUUUAGAUAAUGAAAAAUUAUAUUUUUAGAUGUUAAGGUAUAGACUUUUAUAUUUAUUUCAUUUCAUUUACAUUUUUUUAGUGCAGAAACAUAUUAAAAGAUUAUUUUUAUAAAUAAUUUAUCAUGGCAAUAAUUGUAUAAUUUGACCAUAUACAUAUAAACAUAUGUUUUGGCUUUCUUUGAUUCAAGUAUUGUUUUUCUUAAGUUGUAUAUAUUGAAGUUCAUGACAUAUUUAUUCAAGACAGAUAUUUUUUAAGUUCAUUUGUAAAUUUGUACAAAAAUGUUGUCAAUUUCUAAUUAGUGACAAAAAAAAUUAUGUUAUUGUUGAUUUGUACAGAUAAUGCUCAAUGCUAGUAGCCCUUAAAAGUCUUCUUUACAGAGUUAUCUCCCUGUAGUGUUAGGUACCACCUUAAAAGUCUUCUUUACACACUUUUUAAGAAAUGUAUAUGGCAAGUUCAAAUUUUCUAACAUUAUCUAAUUUGAAAAAAAAGUAUGACAUUUGUAUGAAGAUAAAGUUGUGCUGUGGUAGUAUGCUUGACUGGUAUUCAACAAGUUGUAAGAAAUAUCCAGAAAAUCAAAUUGGUUGAUUGGUUUAUUUGAUGACACAUUUGUUGUGUAGAUAAAAUUGUUUUAUGAAGAAAAAGUAUCUUUGUAUGGUGAAAUUAUGAAAAAAUAAUCUAUAAUUAUCACUGAUAUUCCAUUUUCUUCCACAUAUGUUAUAUAUCCCCAUCUAUGGUUUACUAUUUAAAGAAGGUUUAACCUUUGACUGGUGAGUCUAAAAACAAGGCUGACAUUGAACCUUUUAAAAAUGUUUUCAUUGAAGUACAAUAAAUUCAAAAUUGAUUGGGAAAGUUGUUUUUUUAGCUGACUAUAUGGGCUUUGCUCAUUGUUGAAGGCCGUACGGUGACCUAUAAUUAUUAAUGUUUGUGUCAUUUUGGUCUUUUUGUGGAUAGUUGUCUCAUUGGCAAUCAUACCACGUCUUCUUUUUUUAUAUUAUUGUAAAAAAUCUGACAGCUAGCAGGGUCCCAAUAAUGAAAACGUUUUGUUGUUGUUGUGAUCUUCUUUCACACAAUGUUUGCUAUCCCAGUUUUAUACCAAUAAUCAAGUGAAUUGCAAUACAGAAGUGUAGAUUAAUAUCAGAAUUCGCAAUAAAUGAAAAGUAAUAUUAGUUUUUUUCUAAAUUCAUAAUUUAUCCUGUGAAAGAAGUCAUUGAUGUCUAUGAGUAUAGAUAAACAGGAUUUUUUUUAUUGCUAAACGAUAGUUUGUGGUUUUGGUAAAACAUAUGUUUUUGUGGCCUAUACCUUUAAUGUCUGUUUGUUAAUCUGUGAUAGUGCUAUUAGUUACCUCCCUUUAAACACUAAGCUUAUUAGUUACCUCCUUUUAAACAUUAAGCUGUCAAUACAUUAUUUGUUGUAUACUUAUCUAAAUAUAUGUGGAAGCAUAUUAUAUCUUUAUUUUUGUACUUAGAAAAUGAAUAAUAUUAUUUUUGAAUAAAUGCAAUGUAUCAUAAACAUAAAAUAUUAUGAGGUGGAUAUUUACAAAAGAUAAAUAUAUGUAUUUAUGAGUGGAAACUUCUGAAUUAAAUUUAACAUAUCAAUAUAGUCUACAAGGUGGCAAUAGACUAAUGACCUGUGAUUGUUUAUUUAUUUUAAGCAAAGUUGAUUCAAUCUAUGGAUUUCAACUAAUUCAUUUUAAUAUUAAUAAAUUGUAAAAAUCCUUUAGUUUGUUGUGAACCAAGGGUGUAUACACUUUUUCUUUGUUUCAAUCUGUGAUAAAUGUUGUCAAACCAGGACUUCAUUACUGUUAAUUCAGAAGUUAUUGCAAAAAAUGUGACGGUAAUUAAAGCAAUAAUUUAAACUCAGAUUUUCAAAAAAAAUUAUAUGAAUAAAACAGUAUUUUUCUUAAUAUUGCAAAAAAAUAAUUACUUUUUAAUCUAAAAUUACAAAAUCAUAAUAAUAAAUGCACAAAAUA